UUGAUAUUAUUUUACCGCUAAACGUUUCUCGACCACAUCGUUUGCCGAUUAUGACUGAAUAUUUCGUCGAUCAAGAAAAAUAUUUUUUUUUUAUUCUGCUACACUUAAAUGUAGCAUUAUGUACAGGAAUAACUGUAUUAAUAGCAACUGGAACGAUGCUUAUUGCAUACCUUGUACAUAUCUGUGGACUGUUUAAAAUCUCUAGUUAUCGCAUCAAACACGCAAUGAGAGAAAGUAUGUUACAAAAUUAUAGUCCGAAGAAUGAUAUAUUGAUAUUAGAAGAAAUAAGAUAUGCGGUACAUUUACAUCGGCAAGCUAUGAAAUUAUCCAAAGUUUUGGUGUCCAAAUUUGAAAAAAUGUUGUUCUGUUUAAUAGCAGUAGGAGUAAUAUCAUUGAGCCUUAAUCUCUUUCAGAUGUUUCGGGUUGCCUCGAUGGCAGAUAAUAUCGGUGAAAUUUUUUUUCCUUCCUUACUUGCAUUUAUCAGUAUUUUAUAUAUGUUCUGCGCCAACUAUCUCGGACAACAUCUAACGGAUCAUAAUAAUCUUGUAGCUAUUACAGUAUAUAAUGUUCAGUGGUACAUAGCUCCUUUAUAUGUACAAAAACUGAUACUGUUUUUGUUGUUAGAAAAUGCUAAAGAUUUUACUUUAGAUGUUAGUGGAUUAUUUGUCGCAUCGUUAGAGGGUUUUGCUACGUUGGUGAAAACUUCGGUCUCAUAUUUUACCGUAAUAUAUUCAACGCAAUAAUAAGUGUAAGAAACAUUCUUGUAAAAUAAAGUGUAAGAAAUUUAUUCGCACUUUAGAGAUGCUACUAUAAUAGAAGAUAAUAUAAUAGUACAGAGCAAGAGAGAAAAGAGCGAAAGAGGAGAGAAUAGUCAAUGUUUCUGUACAAAAAGUGAAAGUUUAGAGUUGUUCUAAUUUAUUUUAAAAUACCGAUUUGUCGCUUACGAUUAACUAACUUUUGUAGAUAUAAUGUUCGAUGGUAUAUAUAGCUCCCUUACAUAUACAAAAAAUAAUA